AAAUCAACUUCUAGGAAUUCCUGGUUAACUGUUAAAUGGAACGUAAAUUGCGAAUGUCAAAAAUUUCACAGAGGUGUUAUGUCACAUCUCUUAAAUUAAUUUUUGUUAUUAUGUAUUAAUUAUAGCCAAGAAAAAUGGCGACUAUAAUCAGAACCACUUUGGUAAAGUUCAGCCCUCAAGGUGGAAAGAUCGCAGGAUGUACGGUUGUUCAGAACAGGACCAUCAUGGGUAAAACCCUGCGGGAAUCUUUGGGGCCCCGUCCACCGAAGCCCCCUCCAUUUGACUACGAAAAUAAAUGUUACGGGUGGUUACGUAGUCUCGUAGACCGAACCACACAUAGGUUCGAUGAGAAUUCAAAAGUUUUGGUAGUCGAGGGUCCUGUGGCCGUCGGUAAGACCCAGUUUGCCGCUAGCCUCGCUGAGGAUCUCGGCAUGAAGCAUUAUCCGGAAGCCAAUAUGGACAUUCAUUAUAUCCGUCCCAAUGGUAUUGACCUCCGUAUUUUCGACAAGGACAUUCCAGAAGAUACGAGAACUUUUGACCAUGUCAACUUCAACAUGACACCGAAUCAUCGUCUUGCAGGCAACUACCAAAUCAUGAUGUACAUUGCCAGAUAUAAUCAAUACAUCGACGCUCUUACUCAUCUCCUAAACACUGGCCAAGGAGUUGUUCUAGAAAGGUCUCCAUACUCUGAUUUUAUUUUCCUAGAAUCAAUGUUUUCUCAGAACUACAUUAGCAAGGGUGUAAAGUCUGUGUACUAUGAACUGAGAGCCAAUACUAUUGAGGACUUGAUGAGACCACACUUGGUUAUCUAUCUUGACAUGGCUGUUGAUAAGGUACAAGAAUCAAUCAAGAAACGUGCCCUUAAGCAUGAGAUAGAAGGCAAAGCCUUAACAAAACCGUUUUUGACUGAAUUAGAACAUCAGUAUAAAAACAAGUACCUUCGCGAUAUAUCAACUCAUGCCGAGCUGCUUGUAUACGACUGGAGUGGAGGUGGUGAUGUUGAAGUGGUUGUAGAAGAUAUUGAGCGUCUCAACUUCGAACAGUACACGGAGCGCGAAGAACCCAAGAUGAAGGACUGGCGUCUUCCCCGCGAAGUCGACUGGGCUGAUAAGAGGAUGAUCUACACCAACAAUAAGAAUUAUCUCAUGAACCUCUUCAACAUCCCCCGGUUCGAUGUGCCGGAACUCAUCACCGAUGCUGAUGAUGGAUAUUUAAGGGACAAGGUUAUAUCGAAUCACCCGGAUUUCGAGUACCUCGAGGGCUACGGCAGGAACGAACCGGGCAAACUGUUCAAGAACAAAGUGCCCAAAUAUACUGAAUAUAUUUAAACUGUGCAAACUAUAGAGUAGUUGCUAAUAAAAAUAUAAUUAUAUAACUUUUUUUUU